CACAUGCAUUUGUGCAGCUGCUUCGCUUGUCCUCCUUGAUGUCUUGGCUGCAAUGUGUGGAUAGUUCCGCCCAGCGAGAGUGACAUCGAGAGAGAGGCGAGAGUAGCGUACAGCCGAACCGAAACGUGCAGCCGAACGGACCUCUCAUCUACAUUGUUUCAGUUUAAGCGACCCUGUUGGACAUUUCUUUGAAGUCGGGCGGCGUUUUAUAAUUUGUUCGAGGCGAGCAGAGAGAUGGAUGAGCUACAGGAUGUCCAGUUGACUGAGAUCAAGCCCCUGCUGACCAACAAGAAUGCUCGUAACUUCCAGGACUUUGAUUGCCAGGAGCAUGACAUUGAGACUCCCCACGGCAUGCUUCAUGUGACCAUGAGAGGCGUACCCAAGGGCAACCGGCCCGUUAUUCUCACCUACCAUGACAUCGGCCUCAACCAUAAGUCGUGCUUCAACACGCUGUUUAACUAUGAGGACAUGCAGGAGAUCAUGCAUCACUUUGCUGUGGUGCACGUGGACGCCCCAGGCCAGCAGGACACGGCGCCUCCGUUCCCCACCGGGUACCUGUACCCCACCAUGGAUGAGCUGGCAGAGAUGCUGCCAUCUGUAUUGACUCACCUGAGGCUUAGCAGUGUGAUUGGGAUCGGUGUUGGGGCAGGAGCAUACAUCCUAAGCCGAUUCGCUCUCAACCAUCCCUCUCUUGUUGAGGGUCUGGUGCUCAUCAAUGUGGACUCUUGUGCGGAGGGCUGGAUUGACUGGGCUGCCUCUAAGCUCUCUGGCUGGACCAGCAGCGUUGUGGACAACGUGAUGGCCCACCACUUCAGCACCGAUGAGCUGACGGACAACCUGGAGCUCAUCCAGACCUACCGCCUCCACAUUUCCCAGGACAUCAACCAGGACAACCUGGGCCUCUUCUGCGGCUCCUACAGCAGCCGCCGUGACCUGGGCGUUGAGAGGCCAACUGUGGGACUCAACGAGGAUACUGUGAACACACUGACUGUCCCCGCUCUGCUGGUGGUGGGGGAUACAUCUCCUGCUGUUGAGGCUGUGGUGGAGUGUAACUCAAGGUUAAACCCAACCAAAACCACCCUGCUGAAGAUGGCUGACUGUGGUGGUCUGCCCCAGGUUGUGCAGCCUGGUAAACUGGCCGAGGCCUUCAAAUAUUUUGUCCAGGGAAUGGGCUACAUGGUCCAUAGCCCCAGCUUCUCCUCUGGACUGUUCAGCCACCUCAGCAACGAAUCAGUGGCAACUGCUGGUAUGACGCGUCUGGGUCGCUCCCGCACCACCUCCUCCUCCAGCAUCGCCUCCAUGGACAGCAGUCGCGUGCGCAGCCUCAACAGCCCCCUGGACGGCCCCGGCGCUGGGUGCCUGGACAACCAAAGCAGGCCCCAGACCAUGGAGGUCUCCUGCUAGGCCUCCCCCCUCCCCUCUCCCCUCAGUGGGCAGAGCUCUGUCCUGGGUCCCCCUCCUCCCCACCAUUUCAAUCGGUUGUGUGUCCCCUCUUCCCCUGGUCCCCUGGUCCCCAAUGGCAAGGGUCUAUGUAAUGUGAUGAAACCUAUAAUAUUCCGUAAAUGCGUACAGAUAUGACUAUAUACACGUUAGCUCUUUGCACACAAAUUCAUGGGACUGGUAGAAGAAUAACAUAAAAACGUGUAUAUAUAUAGAGAGAGAGAGUAUAUAUAUAUAUAUAUAUAUAUAUAUAUAUAUAUACAUAUUUAUAUAUAUGCACACUCACACAUGUAUACACAUGCAUACACACACACACACACCCACACACACACCCACACACACAAACAAACAAACAAACAAACACGCACACACACAAAGGGUCUUAAGUUAUGUGCUUUUUUCCACCAAAUAAUUCCAUGUCUGAUUAUCCAUUACUGUCUGCAUGUCUUAUGUGUCAGUCAGUCGUCAUUUAUGGCUGUGUUUUUUAAAUGUGUUUUUAAACGUUCUUUUUUUAUUUACAUCUGUGUUGUCCAACCUUUUAAGACUUGGUGUUCUUUUUUUGUUGUCAGUUUGCCCUCAGAUUUUGUUCAUUGUGAUUAUCCUUUCAACAGUCACUGUAUUUUAAGGAAACGCACUCAAUGAAAUAGGGCCAGGCGAUGCACAUAUGUAGACAUGUUUUUAAAUGAGCAUUUUACAUGGUUGACACACACAAGUUUAUUUCUGUGACAAAAUAAAUGUAACAAGCUUCUUUUUGACAAGUACAUGUCUUCUAUUUGCUAGCAACACGUAAGCAUACGAUCGCCAUAGUUACCAAUGUGCUGCAUUUCCUGUUCUGCACUGUAAAAUUACUGCUCUGAUUAUUUCACUGAAAAACUAAGAAUGUUCUUGAGCUGCUGUAUUUUAAGUGUAACACUACCCUAGACAGUCGUGGUAUCUUUAACAUGGCCCAACAGGGGCAUGUACAAGCGCCUUGUAACUGUGACACUACAGCCUGAACUGGAGCACAUCACAACAAGCUACUGUGUGUGGAAUGUAUGUUUUCAUUGCAGAUGUCAACAAAUAACAUCUAGGCAAAAAUAGUCCCAUAAUAUCAGUUGGCUAACGUCAUGUUGCAUUCUACUCCUCACAUCACUGGCUGAUUCCUUUGCCAUCACAGGCGUCAGUCGCUCUGUCUGUUCCAGAUUGUGCUGCUUUUAUUUAUCAAUCAAAUACAGCUGUGUCUCUGAAGUGGAUGUACAAGAGGAAAAGUCACCUAGAUGAGCGUGUAGCAAAUGUGUGUGACCAGUGAUGCUUCUCACUGUCUGCUUGUUUGACUCAUUUAUACUGUACUUACUACUGAAUAAAAGCUAGGCCAUGGAAA